AUGGUCCCUGUACAAUGCGGCAUAGUGACUGGUGGGGAGCUUCGAGACAUAGUUUGUCUUCAAGUCGCUUGGCUCAUUACUCAAUGUUCCUCCAACAAUUUGCUUAACCUGCCCCGAGUGCAGGUCAAUGCAAGGCCGGAAGCGAGUCAUUUCGACGUUAAGCCUCGAUGUGCUACUCGCAGAAAUAUAGUUCUCGUGGACAGUCAAUCGGACGUCUUUGCAAUUGCGCACACUUUGGCGCUUAUCUUAUCGCACGUGAUCUCGAAUCUUCCCGCCUUUUUUUUCCUUCGGGGUGCUAACAAUAUACUACCUACCAACAGAAUACAAGAACAAAGGCAAGAAAUGCCAGGGAAAAGAAAGCGGGACACCACUGUGGUGUCCCGCGACGCGGGAUCGGACACGGACGAUACCCCAACGGCGACGGCUGAUGCUUCACACGACAUCUUUCGCCGGUUCUUCGAGAGUAAAUUCCAGCCUCUAGACCCGGCCCCGGUCAGAAAACCCACCGUCGCACAAGAAGAGAACACAGAUGAAGAUUCAGAAGAAGAGUCAGAACCAGAAUGGCAGGGAAUCACGGACGAAGAUGAGGAUGAACCGCAGGUCGAGGUUGUUGAACACACAGAUACCCGAGACGCGACAGUACCUACGCUGGACAAGAAAGCUCGUCAGGCUUUCAUGACAGCGAAACCCCCGUCCUUAUCCGAACCCUCAACGACGAAAUCUACAUCUACCAAAUCCAAAGAUGACGAGGAAGACGCCCUCGAUGCAGAAAAUCUGAAGAACGAUCUCGCCUUGCAGCGUCUACUUAAGGAAUCCCACCUUUUGGAUUCCGCAUACGAUCUGAACCCCACGGGUAAAAAUCGGCUCAAGGCCCUUGAUCUGCGGAUGCAGUCACUCGGUGCCAAAAAAUCGCUGUAUGAGCAGGAGAAAAUGCCCAUGUCGCAUCGGAAAGGUAUCAUCGCCAAGGCGGAAAAGAAAGAAGCGAAACGACGUCAGGAAGCGAAAGAGAAUGGUAUCAUCCUUGAGAAGCCUACCUCCAAAAAGAAGGACAAACCCAAACGAAGAGAACGAGGGAUCGGGGGGCCAGCUGUCGGGAAGUUUGCGGGAGGGACUUUGAGGCUCAGCAAGCGGGACUUGAUGAGCAUCACAGGGACUUCGAACGUAUCCGGGGGUGGAAAGAAAGGCCGUCGUUGA